AUGUCUGCGCCAGGCUACCGAACGCAACGCUGGCGCCAGGCACCGAGCUCAUCCGAGCGCAGUGCUACUUCGCGCCUUGCCUCGAUCAGCGUCGCCUCGAUCGACGUCACUGCUCGCUGCUCUCUCCCUCGCGGCGUGCGUCCCGUCUCACAGCGUGCUGUCACCCACCGGCGCACCGGCGUCCGGUCGUCGAUCGCGCUUACGCAGACACCUGAGCUCGAAUGGCACGGCGCCGCCUCUCACCUACAGGCUUUGGCUGCGUUCGCGUACGGUGCGCCGCGCACGUCCUCCGCGCCCGCUUCCUGCCCGCUGACCUCGCACGCGCACGGCUUGCGCGACCCGGUCGCAGGUACAAAGAUCAAGUGCAGCGCGCAGGCGCACAUCUGGAUGAAGCCGCCCGUGCGCGGGACGCCCGCAGAGCCCGUCGAGCUCCCCGGCAACUGGUUGAUCAAGCGGCCCCGGACUCGCACGGCUAGCGCGCGGGACGUCGAGCAGCCGUGGACGCACACGUUCACGUACUUGUACGGGUGCGUCGCUCGCCCUACGCGCUUCCCGCCUCACGCGCUUCCCGCCUCCCCCGCUGGCUGUGACGCCGCCGCCGAGGUGUACCGCCGAACCCGCUCACCCGCUGGCCUGUGCGACGCAGGAACGCUUCAUCGACGCGCUGUAUGGCCGCCCGUGCCUGUUCGCGCGCUCGCGCCGUCUCUGUGCUGCGCGAACCUUACCGGCCUCACCCGCUCUUGUGCGUCCAUGGACCCAGCCUCGCAUUCACUCUUCGCCCGGCUAGCUGGUCCCUCGUCGCGCGCUGCGGAUGCGCGCGUGUCCCGUCGUUGUCUGGUCAAAACUGUGCGCAAACAGCUGGUGUACGAUCUCUCAACGCUCGCGCUCCCGCCGCCCGCCUUCACGCGAGCGAACGCAUUCUUCUCCAGUCAGGUCAGUCUGCAGCCCACACCCCACACACGCCCGCAUCCGCAUCUCCUCAGCACGCAUGCCCUUCACCGCGACAUCUUCACUGCUCGCUCGCGGUGUAUUAUUUCUCUCCCGCUGCGUCUCGUCUCAUGA